AGCAGUCUCCUAUAGACUCCGCCACUUCUGCACGUGGUAUAUGUGACUCCGGAAGUGAAACAAAACUACUACACUUGAGGUAAUUUAUACCUUUCUUGGAUUAUUUCAGAAAUUAAAAGAGGGCUUGAAGAAGCGUCAAAAUGGGGCUCAAGGUUAAUCAGUGCUGCUGCGGAUGUGCGCUCAAGACUGGAGCAAUUUGUAUUGCCUUGUAUCACAUUGUAAUUUCCUCGGUAGCCCUUGCAAUCGUACCAGUUAUGUUAUACGGGAAGUAUAACCCCGUAGGGAAGCACCUCUCUGUCAGAAACAACACGGAUGAAGAAAGACGAAGAGUGGAAAGAGGAGAGGAAGAAGAAGAGAAGAGACGGAGAACACAUGAGCUUCUAGACGAGGGCAUAAAAGGAAUUUAUAUCAUGCUCAUUGCAGUAUUUUCAUUUAAUAUUAUCGUCAAUAUAUUGCUUAUAAUUGGAGCAAGGAAGGAAAAGCCGCUCUUGGUGAACAUUUGGAUCAUCGUUAACUCCGUAUUCCUUAUGACAUGUAUUUUAGUAAUUGUCUUAAGCGUAUUCAUGUUAUUUGUGGACUGGAAACUAGCCCUGCUGACAAUGAAGAUUAGCCUCUUAUGCACAGGGAUGAGUUCAUACUUCAUCGUAGUGGUGAACAGUUUGUAUCACCAGUUGGACCGAAGACAGGUUGCGCCAUGUGAUGACACGGUACCCCCGAUCGUGUUUAUCAUCGACCCUCCGCCUCCUCUCCCCCCCCCUCACCCCCCNCCCCACCGCCGUACCAUAGCAUCUGUGAACCGUUCCGAACUGUAG